GAUUUCAUAACUCACCAUUCGUCGAUAAUGGUGCAAGGCUUGGUCAAGAAGAAUACGCACAACGUAUUGUCGAAAAAGACCAAAAAGGCCACAAAAAAUCAUGAACAUAAGAAGAAGAAGUCAGCCGGUGGGUCGUCGUCAUUUUCACAACUGGACAAGACUGUUACAAAGUACAUAAAUAACCGAGCAAAUAAGAAACUUUUGGAAAGGGCUGUUAAAAUGGGGGAGAAGUUUACGUUUGUGAACAAGUAAUUUGUGAUAGUUAUUUGAAACGUACUUGAUGGAUCUCAGAAGACUUGGAAACCUCUGUAUAGUCCGUCAUUUGUUGAUAUUUCAUCAAUGGAAUAAAGAAAUAUGCAUGCAUAUUAUUAGUUAUUAGUAAACUAUGACUAUCGAUC